AUGAAAUCCUUGUGGGGGCUACAAGAUACUUGUCGCAAUGCUGUUCUUUGCUGUACCUGGUUGAAUAGCACUUGUUGGCCGUAUACACCGCUGGUUGGGUUCGGAUUCGACCUGACGUACAACAAUCUCUUUUGCUUUCGAGAUUCCGCUUGGCUAAACGAUAAUGCCAUGCGUGCUUUUGCGGUUUGUCUCGCACGGUACAAGAACAAUUGUACAGUCGUCAUUCCGCCCCCAAAAAACGCCAAAGAUGCCAAGAAUGGAACCCAACCAAAGGCCACCAAAAGUCGUAUCUCUACAAGCACGCUCGACAAAUUUGGUGAAAGUGUUGCCUUGCACCAAUUCGUGCUUCUUCCUAUCAAUUUUGGUGGCACGCAUUGGGGAUGCCUCGUGGUUGACCGAGACACCAAGGUUAUCAAGAUGUACGACAGCAUGGGCGGUAAGAGAAACAAGAAACGGUUGCAGAAGAUGGCUGAAGAAAUCCGUACUGGGCCUCUACGUGACGAUUCCUACGAAGCUUUGGAAGUAACCGAGCCGGUGCAAACGGACAGUGACAGUUGCGGUGUGUUUGUGUGCCGGUUUUUUUGGACUUGCGUGAGCAGCGAAUCCCCCAGCGAUGUGUCCCCAGCUGGUAUUACGAAGCUGAGGUGGGAGAUGCUGCACGCAGUCAUGAAGUUGAGGCCGCGCUAG